GAAUAUGCAGCGGCAGCGGCGGCGGGUGAGCGCGGGUAGGGCGCGGGGUCACGGCGGGAGCGCUCCGCGGGCGCCAGUGAGUCACGGGAGCCGUGCGGCCACGCCAAACCGGGCCUGGGGAUCGCGGCCCGCGCCCCUCCAGCCCCCCGUCCCGGCCAUGAGGCGGCUGCGGGGCAGGGGCUGAGUGCACGCUGAGUCUGCUGAGCAUUAGCUCCAGCUUCACCAUGGCCUCCCAGCCCCAGUCCCUGCACCCUCCGUUGCCCUGUGCCUCUGGGGGGGCCGGACUGGUGGCUGGAAGCCCUGAGAAAGGCAGUCCUCGCCCCAAGCCUCCUGUCCGGCCCAAGCCCCGUGUGCUGCCCAAGCCGGCCGUGCCUGCCAAACCCUGCCUGCCUCACCCUCCACCAGCACCGCGACACUCUCGUCCCGAGCUGCCCUCAGCAGAGAAGAUAAACCGCCUGGCAGGACCCCAGCCAUACAGUGGGGGCGGCUCUGGGGUGGCCCUCAGACGCCCUUCUUUCACCAUCAAGUCACCUGAGACCCCUAACGGGAAGGGCCUCCCAUGCCCACCAGUUUCGAGUCCUGAAGACUCGUGCUCAGCUGCCAGUGAUGAGGUGCCCCUGGCCCCAUCGACACCGUCCCGCAAAGGUCCGGCUCCCUUUAAGGUGACGCCAGUGCCUGUGGCAACCAAGAUGGAGCGAUUUCCAGGCACCACCGUGGAGGAGAUUCUGGCCAAAAUGGACAGCAAGGAGGGUCCGGGAAGCCCUGACCGGGCCCGCCUCUCUCCCUUUUGCCCCGAUUCUUCCUCUCGCUUUGGCUCCAAGACCUUCACUGCCUUCCGGAGACGCCCUAGUGGGGAGGCAGAUGGAGACUCCCCUGGUGAAGCCCGCCAACUGCUCCAGCAGGCUGAGGGAGAGCUGGGGACAGGGGGUGACAGAUACCCGAUGGUAGAGACGAGCAGCUCCUCCCCAGCCGGCCCGAGCUGUGCCGGGGACCCCUGUGGACUCCGGAGGCCACCAUCUCCCCCUGACCUCUCCUCUCUCCAGCUUGGACCUCCUGGCUCCCCAAGAUCUCCUGCUUGCCCACCUCCAGGAGCUCCUUUCCAGCCUGCUGAGCCUUCUGCCUCAGCCCCUGGUUCCCCUGAUGCCCCCCCAGAGCUGCUGGCCCCUGGAUCCCCGACCAUGGCCCCUGAAUCCCCUGAAUCUCCAGCUCAGCCUCCGACUGAGGAGCUCUUGGCCACCUCCAUCCAGGCUCCAGGUGCUCCCUCAUCUGUGGUUGAGCCUUGGCUUGGUGCCUCCCGCUCCCCAGGCUCCCCACACACCCCCAGCGAGGGAUCCCCCACUCCUGCCAGCCCCUCCACAUUGGGCACACCCCAGCUACCCCCUAGAGCCACCUGCCCCCCUGGCUCUCCCGAGUCUGCCACCGAGCCUGAGCCCUCACCUCCCCCGAGCCCACCCCCUGAGCUCCCUGCUAGAGCUUCUCGCCCUCCAGGCUCCCCUGGGGGUCCCGAUGACUCCCCUGUGUCCUCUCGGACUCCUGAAGGUCCUGAUUUCAGCCUUUCUCCCUCAAGCAGAGACUCAGGGCUGCGACGCUCAUCAGAGGGGGUGCUGCGGCCCCCUCCCAGUGAAGGGCAGGACAUGGGGUUGCUGGGGGGUUCACUGGGUGCCCUGCCCCAGCCUGGAGACCUGCCAGCAGAGCACUUGCUGAGCGGCGAGUCCAGUUGGAGCCUUUCCCAGUCCUUUGAGUGGACGUUCCCCACACGGGGGGUGAGGGGGCUGCCAUCCCCACCCAGGUCCCCCAUCCAGGAGGCAGCUGACUCGGGGCUGUCUGAAGAGGAUGAGUCAGACAGGGAGGGUGCAGCCACUGGAUCCCAUGAGGACAGCGGGAACACAGAUGGGCCUGGCCCUGCAAUGACCGUCAGCUGGGGAGCAGAGGGGGCUCCAUGCCCGGGGGGCCCUGUGGCUCAACAAGAGGCUGAGAGCUCGGAAGAGGAGGAGGGAGAAGAGGCAGAGCUGAACAGCACCGAGCUCCACAUAGUGGAGCCUAGCUUGGACCCAGCUGAGCCUGAGCCCCCUGUCAAGGCUGCCCCAUCAGAUCCAGCCCCCACCGAAGCUGACGCCUCCUGGGAGCCAGCGGGCGACUCUCCUGCAAGCCUGCAGGGCCUCAGUGGGCCGGGCCAGGAUGAAGGCUCCUCAAAGGGCCCUGAUGCCCACACCGACCCACGUUGGCUGACCGAGCUGCUGGCAUCACCUAGGGCCCGCACAUCAGGACGUGACCCUCUGAAGGCCGAGGAGCAGGAGGGCUUGCUUGGCUGGUCACGGAAGGACCUGUGCAGUGAAUUUGGCAUUGGGAGAUCUCAGCAGGCCGGUGCUUUUGACUGGAGCCAUAAGGCUGUGGCCAGACAGGGGGACUGGCCUGGUGAGAUGGAGCAGGAUCAAAAGUAUAGGACCAACUCAAGCAGGAACAACAGCUGCAGUAUCAGUGAUAUGAACCAGCAGGAUAGAGCCUUUGGUGCUGCUGAAAGGGACUGGAGCAGCAACUACAAAGGGACAGAGCUGAUGGGGGAUACGAGGCUUGGCAGCAGUGACUGGCCCAAAUCUCAUGGUCCGGGGGAAAGCUGCCUGCAGGAUCAAGACUUCAGCAAACCCACAUGGGGCACUGGGUAUGGCUUGGACAGUGCAGGCAACAGAGAGGAGGUCAGCUCCGGGAAGGCUGAAUGGAGCAGUCCCUACAGCGUGGGACAUGGCCAGCAGCAGGACAAGGAGCUGAGCUCCAGGCAGCCCGGCUGGGCUGGCAAGUACGGCUCUGGGGACCUGGAGACUCACAGUGGGGAUGCUGCACCUGUGUGGUCUAGUGAAUAUGGCACUGGUGAUGCAGGCAUCAAGGAUAGGGAGGUCACCUCGGACUGGACCAGUAAAUACAGUAGCAGGGAUGCUGAGACCAAGGACAAGGAUUUUACUCUAGGCUGGGCUGGCAGAUCCAGCACAGGGGAAACUGAGACCCCGGACAAAGAGUUUUGCUCCAGCAGGUCGGCUUGGGAUGGCAAAUACAGUACCAGAGACAUGGAGAGCCAGGACAGGGAGUUCAGCCCCAGCAGACCAGCCUGGUCUGGUGAAUACAGCACCCAAGACAUGGAGAGCCAAGACAGAGAAUUCAGCCCCAGCAGAUUGGCUGAGGCCAGCGAAUACAGCAGCAGGGACAUGGAGAUCCAGGACAGGGAGUUUAGCCCCAGCAGGCCAGCCUGUGCUGAAGAGCACAGCACCAGUGAUGUGGAGAGCCAGGACAGAGAGUUCACCAGCAGCAGACCCACCUGGCACAGUGAGUACACCAGCAGGGACAUGGAGAGCCAGGACAGAGAGUUCAGCCCCAACAGACCAGCUGAAGCCAGUGAGAACAGCGCCAGGGAUGUGGAGACCAAAGACAGGGAGCUCAAAUCCAAAAAACCGGCCUGGGAUGACGAAUACAUCACCAAGAACAUGGAGAGCCAGGACAGGGAGUUUGGCCCCAGCAGGUCAGUCUGGGCCAGCGAUUACGACUCUAUGAACACCAGAAAGGGAGAAUUUAGUUCUAGCAGGCUGAGCUGGGCUGGGGAAUGCAGCAUUGGCCAAACCGAACUGGCUAAUGCUUUUGGCGUCAGAAAAGAAGACUUGCCUGGCUUGUGUGCCCCCAGUUGCCCAGGCCAGGAGUCCAGCUGGGGGAGCACUGACCAGCAGGAGAGCGGCACCAGGGACUGGGCUGAAGAGCUGCGCCUUGGAGGAGCUGAACACCAAAAUCAGUUUGGUAUCAUUGGGACAGAGCGAGGGGCCGAUCUCUCCAGCACUGCAGUGUCAGCAGACAGCCCGAUGUCCUGGGCAAACAAAAUGAGGUCUGAGGUCCUGCAGGAGCCCCGGCAGCCCCUGGCAGACUGGCACAGCGAUCUCUCCUUCAGCACCUCAGGUUUUUCUGAUAAAGUUGAUGAGGGUGAGCCAGGCCAAAUGGCCUGGGAUGAGGGCCUGGCACCUGUGAGCAGUUCUGCCCAGCCCCAGCAAGCCAAGGUGGAGGAACCAGGCUGGAGCCAGGACCUGGAGGAAGCUGGCUGGAGCGAGAAGCUGCGUGAGGCUGAGGCCAGGCACCAAGAGUGGGCCAGUGCCUUUGGGGCCCGCUGUGCUGCCAGGAGCCAGGACUUCAGUGCUGGGGAGCCGAGCCUGGGAGGUGAUGGCGGUUCAGCAGAUGGAAGCCCUGAAAACAUCCAUCUCUCAGACUCCAGCCCACCACUGAGUGAUGAUGCUGUGGCUGAGCCUGCAGCUGCUCAGUCCCCCUGGGGCGAAUCAGCUGACCCACUGCUGAGAACAGACCCCAUGGAGCAGCAGGACCUGCCUGAGCUGGCUGCUGCCCCUCUGCCACCAGAGGCUGCUGGUGAGACUCCAGAAACAGAGACCGAAGAGACCCCUUCGGACCACCCAGAUGGGAAGAGACCGGUGAGCUGGGAGGAAAAGAGGCUCUCUGCGAGUGUCUCGCAGCCCGAGGGACUUCUGGACCUCUCUGGUCAGGAUUUCACCUUUCUCGAGGACACAGAGGUUCUGGACAGUACCAUGUACCGCAGCAAGGCCAACCUGGGCCGCAAACGAAGGCACCGGGCACCUGUUCUCCGCCCCGGGGCCACUUCAGAGGGGGACAGCUGGAUCUUCCAGGAUUCCACAGAGCCUCGUCCAGCCCGUGCAGCAGCAUCCUCCGAUGAGGAGGCAGCAGAAGAACCCAAGAGCCGGCGGGUGCGAGCGUCCCCGUCGGGGAAGGGUGUCAAGGUGCCACUCUUCCCUGGCCUUACCACGUCUGCCCUCAAGGCCAAGCUGAGGGGCCGAAACCGCUCUGCUGAGGAAGGGGCAUCGCCAGUGGACAGCAAGGCAACCCCCACAAAGGAUCCCCAUGUGCAGCGCUCCAAGUCCUGCAAGAUCCCUGGCCUGAGUGGGAAACCCCUGGCGCUGCCCCCUAAGCCUGAGAAGUCUUCAGGGUCAGACGCCUCCCCACCCCACUGGCUGCAAGCGCUGAAGCUGAAAAAGAAGAAAUAGUGAGCUGAUCUCAUGGGGCUCGCUCUCCUGUCCACAUGUCUAGGAGGCUGAUGGCUGGCAUCCCCAGGAUCAGGCUCCCUCUUCCCUCUAGCAGGACACACACACACAUCUAUGCACUUUGUAUGAUGCUCGCAGGGUUCCCACCCCACUCUUGUCCCUCCCCACUCCCAUUUCCCCAGAGUUCCUCUUCCUCGUCGUCCUCCCUCUUCCUCAUGUCCCCUGGGGGCUGGAGGUGGUCACAAAGGCCGCUCCCUUCCCUGACCUCCCCCUGCUCUCCUAUCACCCUCCAGACAAAGAGCAGCAGGUCAUUAUUUUGGUGCCACUUGACAGGACAAUAAAACUUUGUUGGUUGGU